UUAUUAUUACAAUAUUUAAAGUUAUUUUUUUUAUUUUAUCAUUUUUUUUCAAAAGUUAUGUUUUUUUAUAAUUUUUAAUAAUUUUUUUAUUUUUUUUUAUUCAAAAAUAUUUAUAAUUUAAAAAAAUGAUAGAAUAUGUACCAAAAGAAUAUACAAUUGAUCAAGUUGUUAUACCUAGGAUUCAAUUGAUAUUUUUAUGUUUAUAUGUAGGGCUUUUAGGUAUUUGUUUAUAUUUUGUAAUUUCACAGAGAAAAAAUGGUUUAAAAUGUGAAAUUUUAGAAAUCUUUUCUGCAAUUCUUUUAACUUUUAUAAUUAGUUUAUCACUAUUUAUUGCAAAUUGGAUAUAUAUAAUAAGAAAUGGUGAUAAUGAAAUUCAAUAUGCAGAUUUAUUUGGUAAUAUUUUUUAUAUUUUGGGUGAUGGGUUGUUUUUAUUAUUACUGCUCAUUAUAGGUCAGGGAUACACUCAAUCUGUUCAUUAUGGUCAAAAUAUAUUUCAAAGAAUUUUAAAUUAUUUAAUUACUUUUUCAAUGAUUGGACUUAGUUGGGCAAUUUACAUUAUGUAUAUAUUCAAAUCAGAAAGAUUAAAUGAUGAUAAUAGUGCAAAUAAUUAUUUAUAUUAUUUGGAUACCAUUCCAGGAUAUAUUUUAGCAUCAUUAUAUUUAGUAAUUAUGGGAUUCUUUAUUUUCAGUAACCAUCUUUACCGUCAAGAUGAAAUAGAUGAAAGAAAAAAGAAAAUAAUAUUCAUUUUUACAUGGGUUUUUAUUUCAUGGUUUGUAAUCCAUCCAGUGGUAAUCAUAGUUGCACAUUUCGUUGACCCAUAUAUCAAAUAUAGAGUUGUUACUAUUGUAAAUUUAUGUGUAAAUACUAUCUUCUUUUCAUUAUUGGUUUAUUUUUUUAGACCCAAAUUAAGCAACCAAACUGGUCACUUUUUAUUGGCUGGUGGUGAUUUAUUCCAAGAUGACUAUGAUGAUGAAGAUGAAAUAUUAAGAAACCAAGCUAGCUCAAGUGGAAAGAAUGAUAAAAAGGAAUCAAUUUUUAAUAGUUUACACAAUAUGAUAAAAAAUCAUAAUAAUAAUACUACAAAUCAUUAUAAUAGUAGUAAUAGUAUUGACAUAAAAGAUAAUAUUAGUAUAUCACCAAAUAAUAACAAUAACAAUAAUAAUAAUAAUAACAAUAAUAAUAGUGGUAGUGUUAAUAGUAAUAAUAGUAGUGUUGGUAAUAAUAAUAAUAAUAAUAAUAAUAUUGAUUUAAAUAUAAGUCAAUAA